AUGCCGCCCCCUUCACGUUUCCUCCCGCGAGGGGCCAUCAAACGACUCGCAGGCCCCUGCCCCUUCUCAACCGUCCAGUCCCUCCCCGCACGAACAACAGGAUUCCAUCCCUUCUCUCUCUCAACCACCAAACCCCCACAGACUCAGUCCUUCCACCUAUGCGCCACCAAGUUCAAGCCCCGAAUAAACGCCACCCCCCUCCGUAGAAAUGGCAUCAAUCCGAUACUCCAAUGGCGCAAACCACGCAGCCUAAAUUCUUCUUCUUCUUCUUCUUCUUCUUCUUCCUCCUCCUCUUCAGAAAAACUCGGCUUCUCCCAACGCAUGAAAAAGCUCUCCCGCGAAUAUGGCUGGUCCUCCCUGGGCGUCUACCUAGCCCUUUCGGUGCUGGAUUUCCCCUUCUGCUUUGCUGCCGUGCGGCUGCUGGGCGUUGAACGGAUUGGACAUUACGAGCAUGUAAUUGCAGAAGUGGUCAAAGGCGUCUUUGCCCCUAUCUGGCGGGCUGUUGCGAAGCCGGAUGCCAGCGGUGGUAGUGAUAGCGAAGCGGCAGAUGGUGGAGGGUGGGGUGAUAUGACCAUUGCGAUGGGCGGUGCAGGCGGUACAGGCGGUACAGGCGGCACAGGGGAAUGGGAUGGGCAUGCAAGAGCCGCGGAGGCUGAGGGCCAGAAUGCGGGGACGGGGACAGGGACGGGGACAGAGGCGGGAGCUAGUUUAUGGACGCAACUUGCCCUAGCCUAUGCCGUUCACAAGAGCCUGAUUUUUAUCCGAGUCCCCAUCACGGCCGCAGUGACACCCAAAGUCGUCAAGGUGCUGCGACGGUGGGGCUGGGAUAUUGGAAAGCGGAGGCCGAAAAGCAGUUAA